AAAGGAACUAUACUUAUCCUACUACUCAUAUGUAUAUAUCAGCAGUAUAUUAGACAAAACAAAACAAACAUAUUAUGUAAUCAAUCUUAACUGGGGUAUAUUCUUCAAUAAGAGAUAAGAAUAAACAUAUUUAUAUAAUAGAAAAGAAAAUUAUACAUUUAAAGAUGUGGUUCCUUAUACAAUGUAUUCAUAUCUACUUAUUAGUACAAUGUAAUACAGAUGCCGUUAAAGUUGUUCAUCCACCAACGUUUAUCAAGGUGCCACCGUCUAUAGCUUAUAUUAAUCCAGAAGAACCUUUAUUAAUACCUUGUUAUGCAAAAGCCAAUCCAGAACCAAGGUAUUAUUGGACAUUGAAUGGAAAACAAGCCAAUUGGAUUAAGCCAUACAAUACAAUGUUAUCAAAGAAAUUAACACAUUCCAAUGAUUCAUAUCAUUUACAUUCUAUGGAUGAAUUAGGUUUAUGGUAUUUUGGUAUUCAACGAAUAUCAAAUCAUUUGAUAGCUGGAUUAUAUCAAUGUAUUGCUAUUAAUCCAUUUGGUAAAGCUUUAUCAAUUCCAUUGAAAUUAGAAGUGGCAAGAAUUGGUACAUUUCAAGAUCUUAAUCCAAAACUAAUUCAUAUAAAACCGAAUGAAACCAAAAUCUUGAAUUGUUCCGCAACAAAAAGUAUACCAACUGCUAAAAUCCAAUGGAUGAUCAAAGAUGAUGAAGAUGGUUCAAUAAAUUUUAUACAUGAAGAUCGUAAUCAUAUUAUUGAUGAUGAUGGUAAUCUAAAUUUAUUCAAUAUAAACUCAUUCACUAGAAGAAAUCUUACCUAUACAUGUGUUAUUAAUCAUUUAAUUCUACAUACUAUGAAAACUGGCCCAGAUAUAAAACUUCUAUUUGAUUCAAAUACCUUAGCAACAAAUGAACAUAUGAAUAAAGAAUUAACUAAAAUUGAAAAGAGAAGUAUCCUUUAUCAUUCAUCUAUACAACAAAUUGUUUUAUUGAAUGAGUCUUUAUCUAUAAAAUGCGUAAUACAUGGUAAUCCUUUACCAAAUAUUCAUUGGGAAUUUAUGAUGGCACAUCAGAUUGAUUCAAAUGGAGAUUCGCAUCAAUAUAAAGAUGUUAAAUUGCUUCCAGAAAAGUAUGGAAUCAAAUUAAAAAAUCAUGGAAUGGAAUUAUACAUUCCAACAGUUCAAAUGAUUAAUCAUGGUAGUUAUCGAUGUAGUACAAUUAAUAUGGAUUAUAUGAUCUCAUCAUAUGAUCCACAUGUUAUAUUCAAUGUUACUGUUGAAAGUAAACCCCAUUUUGCAGAAUAUCCUAAAAAUGCUAUUUUACCAGAGAAUAGUAGUAUUGUACUACGUUGUAGUAUCAAUGAAGAAAUUACAAAACCAUCAGCAACAUUAAAUUGGUUAAUGAAUGGUGAACCAAUUGAGAAAUAUUUAAAUGGUUUACGUAAAAUUGGUCGAAAUAAUGCUUUAUAUUUAUACAAUUUAACUGUACAUGAUUCAGCUGUUUAUCAAUGUAUUCUUCAUAAUAUCCAUGGUAUUAAUAUUAUCAAUGCAUAUAUUCAUAUAUGGAAUCAACCACCAGCAUUUAUUAAUGUGAUCCAUGGUAUACAAUAUAUGAUUGAAGGACAACAAUUGAUAUUACCAUGUGAAACAUUUGGUUCACCUCAUGCAAUAAUUCAUUGGUAUCAUAAUAAUAAACAAUUAAAUACAAGUGAUCAUAUUAUGAAAGAUGAUUACAUCAUAGAAACGAAUGGUAAUCUUCAUAUUUUUCAUGCUAAAUUAUCACAUAGUGGUACAUAUAUAUGUAAAGCAUCAAAUAUAUUUGGUAUAUCUCAAUCAAAAGGGAAAUUAUUCAUUAGAAAACGGACCCGUAUUAUAUCUGGUCCAUUAAUUGAACAAACUAUCAAUACAAAUACUACUUAUAAUACUACUUAUAAUAAUAAUAAGAGAAUAAAUAUGAAAUAUCUUAUAGAAGGAUCUAAAAUUCAUUUAACCUGUAAAGUUGAAACGGAUCCAAUACAUGAAAAUCAACUAACAAUCAUAUGGAAAAAAGAUAAUUUAACUCUUCAAGAUGCUUUUGAACAUAGUGAUCGUCUUAAUAUCACUUCAUCAAAUAAUGAAAGUCUAAUGAUUUUAAACUUGAUACCAAGUGAUACUGGAAUUUAUACAUGUAUUGCUAGUACAAAAUUGGACAGUGUGAAUUCUUCCAUUCAUCUUAUAGUUCAAGGUCGUCCAAAACCUCCAAAAUCAAUAAAAUUAUUAUGUAAUUAUCAUAAUCCAUUAUCACCAUAUAUUAUGUUAACAUGGGAAUUUGAUGAACUAUAUUAUACACCAAUUAAUAAAGUAAUCAUUACUUAUAUUACAGGAUUUUAUCGUCCUAUAAAAGAUGAUUCAUUAACAAAUCAAUAUAAUCAAUCAAUCAAUAAUAAUCAAUAUAAUCAUCAUAAUCAUAUUUAUUGGUUAAAUCAAACAACAUUAUCUAUCGCUCAAUCAAUUAUUAAUCAAUCAAUCAUAAAAAAUCAAUGGAAUAUUAUUGAUCUUAUACCAGAAAUGGAAAUUAUUGAUUAUUUAAAAACUAAAAAUCAAUCAUUACGUCAUCAUCAUUAUAAUCAUACUACUGAUAAUAAUAAUCUUAAUAGUAGUACCAUGGAAUUACAUAAAUUACCAUUGAAUAGAGGACGUGCAUUUCUACAAUUAAAUUAUGAUGUUAUUUAUCAUUUUCGUAUUGAAUUAAUAAAUUCUAUUGGUAAAUCAUUACCAAGUGAUAUAAUACCAAAAUUAUCAAUUGAAUCUAAUGAAUUAUGUAUAUUACCACCAAUGCCAACAUUCAUUAAUCCAGAUUAUUUAAUAGUAUAUGGUAAUAAACCAAAUAAUUUAAUUAUACAAUGGAAGCCUUUGGAUCCUAUUCAACAUAAUGGUCCUGGUUUAAUAUAUCGUUUAACUAUUCAUUGUAUGGAUUGUAUUUAUGGUCCAUCAAAAGAUGUAUUCAAUUAUACAAUCAUUAAAAAUUGGUCUAAAGAUAGAAUAGAAUUAACUGAAUUAAUCACAUCAAAGGUAUCAUCAAAUAGGAAUGAACUAAAUCAAUUUGAUAAAUGGAAUAUAGAAGUAUUUCGUACUUAUCAGGUUACUUUACAAGCUGAAAACUAUUUAGGUUCAUCUGGUACUAAACCAUUAAUAUUUACUGGUCGUUCAGGUGAAGAUAUACCACAAUUAAUACCAAUUCAAUUAAGAGUUCUAUAUAUUGGUUCAAAUCAUUUAUUACUUAGUUGGAAAAUGAUCAAAGAUUCUAAUUUCUUAUUAAAAAUCAAUGGUAUAUUUCAAGGAUUUCGAAUUGAAUGGUGUAAUGCUGAUUUAUCAAAUGAUUCAUGUGAAUUUUAUAAAAAAGUUCAGGAUUAUAUUCUUGAACAACCUCCAUCUUGGUCAUUUCCAAAUCUACGUCGAAUGUCAUCUAUAACAUUGCUAGAUAAUGAACUAUUGAAUAGAGAGAUUAUUCAUAAUAAUAAUAAUAAUAAUGUAAUCAAUACUAAAAGUAUCCCAAUAACUAGAUCAUCUACAUUAGAACAUUCACAUACAAUGAAAAAUUCAAGUAUUCAAUAUGAAAAUGAUUAUUAUAAAGUUUAUUUAAAUGAAUUACCGGGUAAAACAAAAUUAAAAAUAUGGGUUCGUAUACUUAAUAUACAAUAUGCUGGACCAGAAAGUGAUGCAAUCCUUGUAGAAACUAAAGAAGGUGUACCAGAGAAAGUAUCUGAAUUAACUAUUACAUUUAUUGGUGUUAAUCAUAUUGAAGUAUCAUGGAUUAAGCCAAUGAUUUUAAAUGGAAAUUUAAUUUCAUAUGAUUUAGAAAUAUACUUAAAUAAUCUAACUGAUACAAUUGAAAGAAUUUCAAAAAGAACUUCUCAACUAAUCUCUUCUAUAACAAUUGAAGAUCCAGAACAAUGUGCAACACGUAUAUCAGGUUUAAAGAUGAAUACUAAUUAUUCAUUAUAUAUAUGGGCUAAAACAGCUGUUGGACGUGGUGAAUCAACUUUUGUAAAUUUUCGUACAGCAACUCUUAGUCAUGAUUAUGGUUAUAUCCCUUUUACAAUCACUUCCGUCCAAGGUUAUGUGAAUGCAUUAAAUUUAACAUUGAUUACACCAUUAUCUUCAUCAAUCUAUGAUUUAAAUCAAUCAGAGUUGGCUAAUGAUAGUACAGAUUCUUCUGUUACAACGACAACUUCUUCAUCUUCGUCCUCGUCUUCUUCUUCUUCGUCUUCUUCUUCGACAAUUCAAUUCACAACUGAACAAGAUACGAACAACAACUUUAAGAUAAAUAAUAAUGAACAAAUUGAAAAAUUUAAUCAUCCAUUUAUGUUUUAUGUACAAUUUCGUCAAUUAGAUACAGAGAUAUGGGAAGAAACUCAAAGAGAAUUACAUAAUUCAUGGAUUGUAUUAAGUAAUUUAAAUAAAGAUUCACAAUAUGAAAUUAGAAUUGUAUAUAUUACUCAUAAUGGUCAAUCAAUUGUAAGUAGUUCAAAAAUAAUUCAUAUCCCUUUAAUCAAUAAUCAAACAUCAAUUAUCAAUAAUCAAUGGAGAUUAUUAUCAAAACAUAAUCAAUAUUUAAUUACUGUAAUUAUAUUAUGUUGUUUAUUUUUAUUGAUUAGUUUAAUAAGUAGUAUCAGUUUAUUGAUUUAUUGGUUAAAACAUAAAUUUACAAAAAAAUUAAUUACAACUACAAAACAGAAUUAUUUACAAACAUUUCAUUGUAAACAAUCAUUACAAUAUGAAUUACCUAUUGAACAACAAUCACCAAGGCAACAACAAUCACCACGGCAACUACAACUACAACAACAACAACAAUCUAUGGAAUCAUAUCCAAAUCAUAUAGAUUAUAUUAUUGAUCCUAUGACGAUGAUGAUGAUGACAACGUCGACGUCGGCGACGACCAUGAGGAUGAAUAAUAAUAAUAAUAAUAAUCCAUUAGAUUCUUCAUGUAUAUGUCAAUCAAAUGAGAUCUAUCAUGAUCAUGAUGAUUAUGAUUGUAAUAGUAUAACAACUAAUAAUCAUACUAUUCCUCCUUUAUUACAUAAUUCAUUUAUAACAACUUGUAAUUCACCAUUUAUAACAUUUGUAAAAUUACCACAAUCUCAAACUAGUUCAUUUACAGAAGAGAAUUUCUAUAAUCCAUUAAUCAAUAUUGAUACUACUACUACUACUACUACUACUACUUAUACUACUAAUAAUACUAAUGAUAAUAAGAAUAAUCAAAGUAAUCAACAUACAUAUAUAAGUAGUUUAUUAAGUAGAGUAUAA